AUGUAUAGGACUCGAGGAAAUGCCCCUCAGGGGGGCGGUAUCCUCGGCGCGUUGAAGGCGACCGAGAUGCUGGAUUCGAGGCCGAGUCUGCCAGCAGAGAUCCUCGUCGCGAUCCUCGACUACCUUCCCGUCGCAGACCUGAUGCAGGUCGCUCGAGCUUCCCGUCGCAUGCAAGAAAUGGUGUACGAUGAUACGAGAUGGGUCGCCAGAUUGAAGAGCAUGGGAUGUUGGAACGAAGCCGAGGCGAGGCAGCGGUUUGAUGAGGCCAUGCGGAAGAGACGGGAAGCCGCCGAACGGGCGGCGAAAGGCGCCGCUGGAGGCCAGCCAGGAGCCCCAGGAAGCCACCCUCCGAAACCCACGAGUACGAUGUUGUUCGAUGCCACGGUUGAGGAAGAGCGCCGGAAACGCCAAUCGGCAGCGCCUCCUGUCGAUGGAUUCGAGAGGAUGACUGUAGGAGCACCAGCAGCCAAGGACCCAUUCAAGGACCCGGAGGCGCUGCUGGAUGUGAUCAAGAACUCGAGGAGCAUCAGGGGCCAUGCAAGAGAGGAAUAUGGCAAGAUUUACGGCUCAUUCGCGCCUUUCUAUUUCGACCUUGCCAGGGCGAAGAGCCACACGGAUCCUAUCGUCUUCCAGGUGUUCAGGGACCCUGAAAGACAGGCUAAAAUGCUUUCGAAUCUGCAAGUAUUUACAAAGAGCGACUGGGCGCAGGGGUGGAAUCAGCGAGAGGAACGACUUAUGACCAUGACGAGUAUUUUUGAGGGCGCGGUACUUCGAGAGUUCGAGCAGGGGUACGAGUUUUGGGAUGUUGACGGCCGCAUGAAGCGGUACGCGCAUGUGCUGCAUACACUGAACGGCGGCAACGCAGCAACGGAGCUUUUCAUCCAGAAGCAUCCUAUAUUCAGCGACCGCGAGGUCCUGGCGGUCAAUUCGUCGGAUUGCGUCAACCAGACCAGUGGGGACGAAAUCAACUUGGAACCCUCCCGACUGUUUUUCGAGAUGCUGCUGCGGAAAGUCAACGAGCACGCUGAGAUUAUUGGGCGCAUAUUCGCCAAUCCCGAUGUUGUGUUCUGGGAGUUUAUGGAAAAGGUCCGGGAGGAUGUUAUCAUGGACUACAUCACACCGCUUUUUGAUGCAACGCACGACAGAAACCUGCAGUGGUAUCUGAAGGCUGUGGCUGGAACCUUUGAGCAAGGCAUGCUCUUCUUCAAGUCCGUGGUCCCUCCAAAAGACUCCAAGAGCAACCUCGAGGAAAAGGCCAAGGAGAUGAUGUUGAGAGUGUUUGAGCCGCAUCUGGACCUGUAUCUGCAAGAGGAGCUCGACUUUUUCACAAGACAUGCCGAGUCGGAGGUUGCAGAAUGGGAGAAGAAGCUCUCUGAGCAAGACGCCUCUGUCGAGUCGUUCUACAUGAGCAACUUCAACAGACAGGCAGAUAAGAAGGACUUUCUGAGUUCUUUCAGAAAGGUAGUCAUGAUGCCCGUCACGGUGUUGCCAUCUUUUGGCAGCACGAGUACAACAACGAAACCCACCACACCAACCGGCACAUCUGCCCUUUCGCCUCAGCCGUCUAGACCGCAUACGCCCAGUCUUGCACCAAACACGGACGGAAACGGCCGUCUCAGUCCUCUGCCCGCACAAGCUCCGACCGACGAGCUGGCGGCCAAGGCUGCUCUGAUGGCUUCCAGAAUGGAAGGCAUUAAGACUCUUUUCAGUAUCGAAAUCGCCCUGAACCUAACGCACAAGGCGAAGACGAGCAUGGGUCGCGCAUCGCUGUUCAUACAGCUUGGAGGCCAGUACGGCGAGGAAGCCCGUGAGCAAUGCGAAACGAUAUUCGUAGUCAUGCUCCGUAUCCUAGGCAACAGACACGUCAAGGUCGGCUUCGAAAAGGCCGUCGAGCACCUUUCUCACUACAACCCCCGUGAGGUCAGCGAUCACAACCAGUCCGGCGUUGCGCCCCUGGUGACCUUUAUCGAGCUGGUCAACGUAGGCGACCUCAUCUCUCAGAUGAUUGACGUUUUCUACGAGCAGCAGCUCGCCGGCCCAAAGAUUGCAGACCGCAACGACUUCCUCGACCCCGCCGGCAUCGCCAAGAAGAAGUGGGAGCAGAUGCUGGACGAGAGCGUUGCGGCAGGCUUGAAUAAGGGCAUUGACGUCCUCAUGGAUGAGGUAGAGUACCUCCACGGCACGACACAGCAGCCGACCGACUACAACCCCUCCGAGACGGGCGGCAUCUUGGCCGACCCGGGGCCGACUGAGACGGCGCUCCGCAUCAAGGAGCUCGUGUCUUCGCACACGCGCAUGCUGGUCGGCACGACGGAGAAGUCGAUGCUUGAUGUAUUCAACGGCGAGGUGGGCCUGCGGCUGUUCACGGCCGUGUGCAAGCAUCUCAAGCGGCAGCGCAUCAGCACUGAAGGUGCCAUCAAGCUCAUUGCCGACAUGAACCUAUAUUUCGAGUACAUUCGCACCCUCAAGAACCAAGACCUGCUUGCCUACUUCAAGGCAUUGCGCGAGCUGAGCCAGAUCUACCUCAUCGACGCCAAGCACGCAAAGGAGAUGGCCACCAUAAUUGCCGACGGCGACCGUUUCGAGGGUGUGUUCCGCGCCGAAGAAGCGUAUGAGUUUGCGCAAAGACGAUCGGAUUGGUACACAGUUAGAAAAGACGUGGAACGGGCAAUGUACGGGAUGGAAUGCUCGCUCAUGUAG